AUGUUUGUUUGUUUAUUUUCUAUUUUUCGUCCGCAUAGACGCCAGUGCUUACUGCCUAAGGGGCUUUGCCCUUGCUGCUUCCCAAUUAGGUGUGCAAGGCAAUUUUCUAAUUAUAUGAUAGCGUGUAGCGUGGCACCUACACCUUUAAAGCUGUUCGCCGAGGCUCUUCACUCCUUCGAUGUGUUUCACCCAUUCUCGGAAUACUACUGA